ACACAAGCUACUUGUGUGAAUCUUUGGUUUGAAAACUAAAGAUAUGGUUGUUGCAGCUUCCCAGCAUCCACCUGGUGUUGAAUCUCAUGCUCAAAGCAUUCCCCCUGGGGUGACCCCAGUGCAGGGGGCUCGACAUGCUGGUCCAUACAGAGGACCCAAUCCGAGUCACCUGGACCGUCAACAGCAAGGCAACUGGCCCUUUUUCUACAUGCAACCCACUCAGCCUUAUAUGCCCUGCCAGUGGCCCAUGCCGAUGCCUUAUGUUCCCUAUGGAGGCUUUCCUGGUUUGGGUUAUGGCAUGGUGUUACCACCGUUCCCUCCUUCUUCAUAUGUAGAAGCUCCUGGCUACAUCCUUCCUCACACCCAGCUGCACAUGGUCGACUACAGACGCAUGAUGGCCCCUCAUUUGGCACCUGCGAUGGCGUACCAGGCUCGCCGUUUCCGCUAUCAGCACACAGCACCAUCUGGUCGAGUCAUGGUCAGUUCAGAAGUUCAAACUGAGCCUGUUUGUACUGUGGCUUCGCAACAGGCCUGCAAUGUUGUGACAAGCACCUCUGAAUCUGGAACUACAGACCCGAGUAGUGUGUUCUCAUCACCUAGAGCAAAUGAAGACAUUGAAAAGGGUUGUGAAGUUUUGCCAAGCAAAAUGGCUGGAGAAACAUGCAAAAAUGCUACUGUUCAAAGUGGUGGUAUUCUUUUCCAAUCAGAGGAGGUGCGCAUUGAGUGUAGUAGAUCUCCUUCUGCAGUCAAGAUCAUGCAUUCCAAGGAGACCACUGAGCUAGCCAGCAAUGCAGAUGGUAAGCUCAUGCAGUGUAAUGUGGGUUGUGCAGAAGAUGUGGUCUUGAGGUGCUUUCAACCGCUUCCAUUUGGGGAUGAUGAAAGGGAAGGUGCAAAAGAUCUCGGCCCCUUGGAGGACCCUUGCCCUGAUAUUGUAAUGGUUUCUUGUCCCUCAAAUGGUUCGGUAAGCACACUAGAAGGCUCAAUUGUUGCACCUGUUGAACCAGUUAACAGUACCUUGGUUGCUCAAGGAGAUCCCAGCUUGGUCAAAAGUGCUCAGGAUAUCUGUGAAACCUCGAAGGACAUUCUCUUCAAAAUCUUGCGGUUACCUGUUGACCUGCAGUGUUUGGAUGAGCUGCAGCAGAUGGAGGCUUCCGUCUGGUCUGUAGAGUCUCUCAUGCCUUACAUGCCUACUUCUGAGUGGAUGAUGCAAAAUAGCCUUUUAACCCCUGGGAAACCAUCCCUUGCCACAGUAAUGGAAGUUCCUGCUGAGGAUCCUGUACAAUUGAAUCGGUCACCAGCAGAAGUUACACCACCUUUGCUGGAAGCUGGAACAGUGACUGAACUUGAUGGCCAAGCCUCGGUUGGCUCUCUUGAAUUCCUUCCUUCAACCCAUGGGCUAGCAAACUUUAGUAAUGCAUAUUGCAACGAACUUUCCUCUAAUCUUCAAAAGAUAAAUGAUCCUAAUAACUGGGCAAAGGAGCAACCCGAAGCACACCAGUCUGGAGAAAGGCCAAAUGCUCCUCCAAAAAAAUUGAACAAUGAGAUGGACAACCAGAGUACUGUGACCUCUGGGUUUGAGCAGGAGAAGUGUGCAGCACGUUUAUUUCCAGAUUCCCCUCGGAAACACAAGGUAUGUAUAUGUAAAAAAUGUUCGGUGAAACAUGGUGCAGACAUCUACUCCGGUAGUCCAAGCAGCAAGGCUGACUCCAUGAAACGACACAAGGUUUCUCAUUUAACUGGAGAUAAGGUAAAGGCUCUGUUGUGUCACACAUGCAAGUGUGAUCCUGAGAAAAAAGCUAGGUACAAAGUGGCUGCUAUCACGGCAAACCCCAAGUCAAGCAUGAUCGAUGAACUGGGCGAAGUCUCAGAAAAUGAUGUACAUCCUUUAAAAAAGUGCUCAAAAAAGUUGUACAAUAGUCAAAAUUCUAGUUCGGUCAAACAUUUGGAGAAAUGCCUCAUGUCUCAGCAAUCCAAGCUCAGAGAGCAAAAUUGCUCAUGUGAAGAUAAAGCUUCAAAUUCCACUUCAGUAUGGAACAAGAAUGGACGUAGCCAGCAUGGUGACCUCACUUGGGAACGAAAUGAGGAAAACCUAGCUAUUUCAGCGAUGGAGAGAUGGAAGGAUAGUGAGCAGAGAUUUGGUGAUGAGAAAUGGAGAGGAAGUAUGCAAGUGUCGGAUAGCGAGAGUACCAAAAGCGGAGGAAGGACGAAGAAUCGCAAUAAACAAAAACAAUGUACACAAUCACUAGAAGUUCACAGACGAGACACAAGAUACUAAUGACACUAUUUGCACAGUGACCAAAUGGACAUGGGCACGUUUUAAGAUCACAUUUUAAAUGUCACUUUUUUUUUUCCCACUUCCAUUAAAUAAUCACAGCUCACCAUUUUAUACAGUGAAUGAAUAAAGCACUUUUGAUGUUCCCUUA